GAUGACUCCGGUCGCGGCAGUGCCAGUGGUAGCAGCAACACGUAGUAGUAGUCGACGGCAUCGCAACGUCGAGACACGGCAGAAGCGAGAGAUACCCGCCGUUUCGUCGCGCUGGUCAUCGCUCGAGGUGCACGCAGCCGCAUUACAGAGAAGAUCGUCCUUGGUUUGCAGAGCGUCCUCGAGAAGGUGUCAUCCGUAGCGUCGUCUCCGUAGUCACACACGUACCCGGCCAGGAAGCGUGUCUGGAAGCCGAUCGUGCGUGUGUCCGUUGUCAUCCUUAAUAGUAGCAGAAUGAAGCUGUGCUGGAGCCUGCUUCUAGCGGCCAUCGCCCUGUCGAUGAUCCUUACGGUCGCACGAGCGCAAAAUGAUGGACUGUGGGAGGAGGACGACAAGGAGGUCCUUGUGCGGACGGUGCGCGGCACUAACGAGCGAACAUCCGGCGGCUCCUCGUCGUGCAGAUAUGUGAAGGGUCAAUGGUCGGAAUGCGACCCGAACACCAACACGCGGUCGCGCACCCUGAGCCUCAAGAAGGGCGACAAGUCCUGCGAGCAGACCAAGAUUAUCCAGAAGAAAUGCAAGAAAGCGUGUCGAUACGAGAAAGGAACGUGGAGCGGAUGCGUGAAUCAGAUGAUGACGAGAAUCGAUAAUCUGAAAGCGAACAGCGACGCAACCUGCGAGAAGAUGCGACGGCUCACCAAGAGGUGUAAACAGGAGACCAACACCAAAAAGUCCGCCAAAGGCGAGAGGUCGAACAAGAAGUCGGGCAAGCAGUAAUCAUCCGCCAAUCUCCAAUCGUCUCCUCUAAUCGGGCAACGAAAGCGCACUCUCAUCUCCUCGACCCUUAUCUUCUCGAUCCUUUAUCCAGUCGCCAAUUGAUUGCGAGGCAGGGCGCACGAAUUUGGAUAGCGGCGGGACUACCAGUCGGAGCAGCCGUUUACACACGACACACACACAUAGGUACACACACGCACACAACACACAUACUGCCCGGGAAUCAUGCAUUUCGGCAUGCAGCGACCGCACAGACCGUCGCUGUGCGACCGCGUUUUCAGGGUGCGCUGCCGUCGGUUAAUUAUAACGAGUUAAUUACUGUUAAUGAUUCGGGAUGGUGUGCGCGUCUCGGUGAUCGUUGCUUCCGGUUCUCGGCGGAGGUUAUUAACCCUUCCAGGAUCGCACUUACGUACCGUUACCGCGUUGUCGUGGAUUGAAACAAAGUGAAAAGGGAGAAAGAAUUUUCAGCUCCAAGAGAAUAUCUUUCUUUCGUUUUAGUCUCGCUCGUCGAAGAAGCUCGCUCUUCUGUAUCUAACCCGUUGACAUAAUUCGCGACAACUUCCCUCGUAGAGAGAAAGAGAGAGAGAGAGAGAGAGUGUGUGUGUGUGUGUAUGUGUAUAUGUGUGUGAGAAUGAGAGAGUAAGAGAGUGCGAGAGAGAGGAGUUAUUGAUCGCGCGGUAGUUUUCUAAAAAUGGCACGUCGGCAAGAUCUUGGGAGGGUUAAGCCGCGCAAUCAACCGGAGAAUCGAUUGGGAACCGAUACGUAACACGUUUAUUAUCGAGAUGACGAAAAGUUAGACGUAUCAUCAGCGUCAGGGUGUGUUGGUCGAACGCACAGUGGUGUAGUAGCUCGCGUAAGCGAAGCUGAGUAUUUAAACGCGAAUUGUUCACAAUAUACGGGAGAGAGAGAAAGAGAGGGAGAGACUCUCUCCCUCUCUCCUUCUCUAUCUCUCUUUAGCGACGACGUGAGAUCUUCCCGAUAAAUUCGGAGAUCCAAAGUGAUUCACAAGUAAGGACUCGAGCGUUAGCGUCUCUUUCCUUUCCUCCACUCCCCCACUCCCCGUAGCAUGUUCUUGCAAAAAUCUGCACCACUGGCUGAUCGAUUAACGAUGUAGAGCGCGCGUGUAGAGAGCUCCCCUGAACUUUAGAAAGCAGCCGAUAAUUUCGGAGGUUCGUAGAGGAAGGUAAAAAGAUCGUCUGCCAAAGCUGUUCUCUCGUCUUCCCGCAGCGAAUUACUAUUUUAUUUUAUUAUUAUAACAAUUAUUAAUAUAUUAUAUUAUUAUUGUUCUCAUUAUAUCAAGAAACAGCGGUGAGACUUCCCUUAGCUGCUGAGAUCCUCUUGAAAAAGG